AUGGAGAUCCAGUCGACGAAGAAGCUAGUCUUUCUACUACUCUUUCUACCUAUAAUCUACACCACAGCCCAACCAUUGAUCCAUCACCAUCUUACAAUUCUCAAUGACAAGGCAGCACUCCUGGCGUUUAAGGACGCCAUUACCGAAGACUCUCAAGCUGUUCUUGCAGACUGGCAAAAUUCAUCCAAUGUCUGCAACUUCACAGGUGUGGUGUGCAACUAUCAGCAGAACCGUGUGGAGCAACUCAGGCUCAACGGUGGCGGCAUUCAUGGCCCGCUCUCUCCAUUCCUCUCCAAUCUCACUGGGCUACGCUUACUAGACCUAUCCGAAAACAACCUCGUGGGGCCCAUACCACCUGAACUGAGCUCCCUAUGGCGCCUCAACGAACUCAACCUCUUCGGAAACCUCCUCCACGGUCCAAUCCCUGAUUCACUCUCCCUCCUUUCUGGACUCUUUUUUAUAGACCUUAAAGGAAACCACCUCACAGGUAUCAUCCCCUCGUCAAUCUUGUACAAUUGCACAUCAUUAGGCUACAUAGAUUUAUCUGAAAACGCCCUCCACGGAGAAAUCCCGCCGGAGAUAGGAAACCGUCUCCUCAGCCUAAUGUUCCUCCAGCUAUAUUCGAAUAAUUUGAGUGGGAAACUUCCUCCAUCUCUCUCGAAUUGCACCAUUUUGAAAUGGUUGGAUGUGGAGAACAACAGCCUUUCCGGCGAACUGCCCACCCAAACCGUCAGCAGAUGGAAACUCCUCGAACUCCUCCUCCUAUCCAAUAACCUUUUCACGAGCCAUGAUCACAACACCAAUCUUGCCCCAUUCUUCAGUGCCCUUUCGAACUGCACUCACCUGCAGGGCAUUGAAUUGGCGGGAAUGGGCCUUGGAGGUCAAUUGCCAACCACCAUCGAUCAGCUCGGGAUGAACUUAUCAAGCAUAUAUCUCCAAGACAACCAGAUAUUCGGGUCGAUCCCACCCACCAUAGUCAAUCUCUCCAAUCUCAUGGUGCUCAACUUAUCAAGCAACCUCCUAAAUGGGACGAUCCCAGAUAAGAUAGGCCGAUUGCAGAACCUGCAAUCGCUCAUCUUAGCCAACAAUUUGCUGAUCGGCCCAAUUCCACCAUCAAUCGGACAGAUUGACAGGUUGAGUCAGCUCGAUUUAUCGAAAAAUAGAUUAUCGGGUGAAGUCCCAGGUAAUCUAGGAAACCUUACCUUACUCAGUGAUCUUUUUCUUCAAGAAAACAAGCUUUCAGGAAUCUCACCUUCUAUAGGAAGGUGCGAGUCCUUAAACAAGUUGGAUGUAUCUUUCAACAGAUUAACAGCAAUUCCCAAAGAAAUAUUUGGACUAACCCUGAUGGAAAAUUUCUUGAAUCUCUCACACAAUCUGAUAAAUGGUCCACUGCCGUUAGAGCUAAGCAAUAUGAAAAGCGUCCAUGAGAUUGAUCUAUCGUCGAACAGUUUCCAUGGCAGCAUAUUCCCUCAGCUAGAGGGCUGUGCUGCUGCUCGCAUGAUCAAUCUCUCACAUAAUUCACUCGAAGGGAAGCUUCCUAGUAUGUUAGAAUUGCCUGAGAACCUUGAAUCGCUUGACAUCUCCUUCAAUUCAUUGUCUGGCGAGAUCCCGGUCAGCCUUGGGGGUUCCCUUAGUCUUGUUCAGCUGAACCUCUCAUAUAAUGAUUUCAAUGGACCGAUACCCACGAGCGGAAGGUUCACGAACUUCACGUCUCUCUCGUUCCUCGGCAAUCCACACAUAUGUGGGUCAAUCCCCGGUGUGCCAGUUUGCAAGUAG